CCUACCACUGUUUUGCAUCAUAUUCACCACUCUCUCCAUUGUGCAGCAUGCCUCUUCCAAACAACCCGCAACAAACAUAACCAAGACGAUAGAGGACGCAUGCACGUUCACGCGAGCUCGAGACCUUUGCGUGUCGGUGCUAAAAUCCGAUCCUCGGAGUGAGACCGGCAACAUCAGGAUGUUUGGAGUGAUCAUACUAGAGAAGGCCUUGUCCAAGGUGGUAAGUGGGAGUGGUGGUAUUCCCAUGGAAGGUGUGUGUGGCCCCAAGUCCAACUAUCAUCAAAGGCUAGUACGUGAUAUCAUGGAAGCGAUCAAGAAGUUGAAAUAUGAUGUCAAGCCUGUGGCUUUUGCAGUGGAUAACAUGUCAAGUGCGA